UAAUUUUUUAUUAUAGAAUGUUUUUUAGAGUAACUGCAUUAAUGAAAUCAUUUUAUUGACAUUUAACAGAGAAACAGAAAACGAUCAACUAGGUGAACUUGAGGUAUAUCCGUUGGACCUUUGCAGUUUCAAAAGCGUAAGGAAAUGUGCUAAAUUGUUGCUGAAAGAAUCUGCUAUUAAUAUACUGAUAAAUAAUGCCGGUAUAAUGUUUGCUCCGUAAGAACUAACAAACGAUGGAUUUGAAAUCCAGUUACAAUCAAAUUAUCUCGGCCAUUUUCUCUUAACAUUACUACUUUUACCAAAAAUGCAAUCAUCCGGUCCUGGUUGCAGAAUAGUAAACGUGUCUUCAAUUGCUCAUAUAUAUGGCAAGAUACAUUUCAACGAUAUAAAUCUGGAACAAUCGUGGUCCUAUUUUCGUCCUUGGAAAGCAUACUUUCAAAGCAAACUUGCGAACAUAUUAUUUACGAAGGAGCUUGCACGUCGACUAAAAGAGGCGGAAAUUGACGGAAUAAAUGUAUAUUCUUUACAUCUUGGGGUUAUAAGUACAGAAUUAAGCCGGAGCUAUGAUAGAACGAUAAUUCCUGGUGCGACAUUUUUCACAAACCAUAUUAUGCAACCAUUUAUUAAAACUUCGAAACAAGGAGCUCAAACAACGAUAUACUGUGCAGUUGAUGAAAAGGCGCUUAAUGAAACUGGUCUCUAUUACUCAGAAUGCCGUGUUACGAGACCGAGAGGGGUUAAUGAUCAAGUAGCUCGAGAUUUAUGGAAUUACACUUGCCAGCUUUUGCAUUUGGAACCUAAUGAAAACUUUUCUACAUUUUUGAAAACUGUCUCGCGUCAACUUGAAAAUAUAUAAUAUUUCUUUGAACGGAUUUUUUUAAAUAACAAAUAUAUGAUUUUUCACAUUUAGUAGAUUUUUAUACACUACUCAAAAAAAAAUAGGGAACACUUUCCAGA